AUGUGGCUCUUGGCGCUGGUCCCCAUCUGCCUGGCUGUCUUUGGAUCCACCGGCAUUUGGACUGUGUUUGCAGUUUCUGUGAUGAACAAUUCAGUAAACCUCACUCACAUUUUCCCAUACAUCAGUGAUUGCGCCUGGUACCCCCCCCAAAAAUGUCUGUUCACCCAGAUCUGUGGCCUCAUCAUUAUUACAGCUCUUUGGAUCGGGAUGAUUCAGUUCCAGCAGGUCAAACAGCUUGGAAACCAUGGAAGGGUCAACAAUGCCAGUGCUGUCAUGGGGUUCCUUUCCUGUGGAGGACUUUCUGUCUGCAGCAACACCCAAGAAUCAGAGGUGAGCGAAUUUCAUUUGGUGGGAGCGCUGGUGUCCUUCGUGUCCGCCCUGGCCUAUUUCUGGAUGCAGGUGUAUCUAACGUACCAGGGCCAGUCGUUUCCAGAGCGGUCCUGGAUGGGGCCUUUACGGGCUUUGUUCUGCACCAUCGCCACGCUCCUGGGCAUUGCCUCUAUUGGCUUCUAUGCUACCAACUGUGACUCUGGAGUGGCUGUGUGUGAAUUCGCUUUGGUCAUGGUGAUCUUCUUCCUCUUCGCCCUUUUUGCUGUUGAGUUCAGACACAUUGAAUGUCGCAUUCUCAUUAUGAAAAAACACAUUUUAAAGGAUGAAAAAAGCCUGGAAUCAGUGAAAGUAAACGUAUCUGUAGUUGAACUAUUCAAGUGAACUCAUAUAAGGUUUUUAGAGAAAAGAGAUACCAACAAUCAAAGCUGGUUUAAGCUACUUAUCUAUACCCUUAAGCUACAGUUAUUUUUGUUUUUAUUACAUUUACACUUUUUGGAUGAGUUUCCAUAUGCAUAACAAAUUGAUUUUUACUAAUAUAACAACUUUCUUUUUGAAAAGGUUGAAAAGGUUUUUUCUAUAUUAAAAUGCGAGGACACUUUCUCAGCUGGCUCCCACAGCAAACUAAAUCAUAAUGCAGAGUCGAGCAUAGUGCACCCCUCAAUGAUAUAUAUCCCAAAAAGAGACCAUUUUUAAAAUAAAUUACAUUUAAAUGGAAAAAUCACUUUGCAGCAGCAGUUAGAUCAAACAACUAAACUUUGUUGUAUGUUUGAAUUGAACUGAACUUCAUUUUUGUCACAGGGAGAAAUUCAAUCAUAAUGGCAGCAAAACAAAAACAGACUAAGUGAUAAAUCAGUUAGUGAUCCAACAUUUGCAUACAGUAGAUCCAUCGUCUUCUUCCUGGUCUGGCUCUGCACAUUCUGGACAAACGUAGAGAGUGUGGCAGAAUCAUUAAAGAAAGAAUCAUUAAAACCCACAGACCAGACAUGUCUAAAAAUUUAUAUUUUUGAUUUUUAUUGUUAAUUUAAAUAUGAGUAUUUUUAUUUAAUUUAAUUGAUGCAUUUGUUAAGCCAUAGGCUUAGGCCUAUAUCCAGGUGAGGCACCUCCUCUGACUUCACGUCACUGCUAAAAGUUUCACAAAGGUUUUUAGAUAAAGCAAACCAUGUGGUGCCAAUGUUAGCAUUUUUGCAACAGAAAGUGUGCUACAGGCACACUGUGCAGAGCACCAUAGAAGAAGAACAUUUUAGAUCGAAUGGCUUAAGAGACAUGAAAGAACAUCAAAACGAAGACCAACUGUUUAAAGACCAACAUGAAAAAAAUAUUUGCGAGAAAUGAGCUGAAAACGUUUAGCAUUUUGCAACUUCAGGCUAACAAAGAAAAAUAGAAAACCCAGAGGGCAUUUGCCUAAAUUGUACUUUUUUUUGUCUUUGAUGCGAUCAAUUACAAGUACCAAUUGGCAUCACCUAUGGGUGAAUGAUUGCGCCCAACUGGAGAAAAGGUACGGAAUUGGUAUUAUUUAAAAUGAGUUAAGAAAAGAAGAAAACGCACCUAGCCACACUUUAAAAAACCUUCAAGAGAAAAUUCUCCAUUUUAGAUUUUAAAUAUUAAUUUAUUGCUAAUGUCUUAAGAAACCUCUUGAGAAAGCUUGAAUAUUGUUUUUGUUCUUUCUUUCAUCUUAUUUUUAAUCAAUUAUUCACAUUUGAAUCAAAUCAGAGUAAUAGAUUUGCCAACAACUGAAAUAAUGGCUUUAAAAUGUAAACUUUGUAUAUGUUUUGUUUUUAUUGCGUUGUGUGCGAUUAUAAAGAACCCACAGCUGACACACUCGGCAGGUUUUUGUUUUCUUUGGUAUUGAAAAGGGCAGCUGUCCACCCGGACUUGUUCCAGUGCCUGUCAUAAAAACGUAUGUAAAUGUUAUGUUUUGAAAAAUGAACCAAAGCUGAAAUAAAGUGUUAUAUUUCUUCUUA